AAAGUACCAAUUCAAGAUCAGUCGCAAUUAAGUCAAGACCACGGUUGGAAUCAUGAAUCUUAAAUAUCAAUUGGUAAUAGUAAUUAUUACUAUUUUUAGUCAUUUUUGUAUCGCAAGUAAAUUCAAUAAAAGUCUGUCCGAUUAUGAAGUCGGUUGUGAGGUAUACAAAAGAGAAAAAUUUGAUUCCUACGAUCUCUUCCAAGUUAGUUCUGUAAACAAAAAUUUGAAAAACAACAAGGAACGCUUACAUUUAAAGUUCUACGUAAUGACUGAGAGUUAUGCUUUCAUAGUGCUUUCAGAAGUUGAUAAUCCCAAAGUGUUAAAUGAAAUUAACAAUCGUGGUUAUGAAAUCGAUCUUGGUUCUUAUUCGUGGAUUACAAACUCUUCAGAUGAAACUGUACAUGAAAAAGAUUCUCCCAACUUGUUUUCGAAAGUUAAACCAACACCAGUUGAAAUAAUUAUAACAAACGAUAAUAAGCUGCUUGUAAAUAUACCGGGUUAUUACGAACCCUUUAUGAAAUAUUCAGAUACACAUUCGUUGAAUAUUAAGUUUUUUAGAUUUGGUUCCUACAAUAAAUGGUUCUACAACUGUACAUUCGAUGAAAAUUCCAACGUAGAAGACCAAAAGAUGUCCGAAAAUGAAGUUAAAACUGUCGAAACCAAAAACACCAAUGUUAACCAACAACAACUAUCUCUUCAACCAAAAUCAACUGCGAAUCCCACUGAAACUCGACCCUUUAGCAAACAUAAUUCAUUUUUUGAUGUGUUAGUUCCAAUGCUGGACAAAUUUGAUGACAAUAAAAUGUUAGAUUUUCAACUAAGAGUUUUUGAGGUGGUAAAAGAACUUAAAAACAAUCCAACAACAACUACAAAAAAACCAGUGGCGAUAGAUGUACGGUUUGGUGGUAGUGAAAAUGAAAUUAAAACUGUCGAAAGCAAAAACACCAAUGUUAACCAACAACAACUAUCUCUUCAACCAAAAUCAACUGCGAAUCCCACUGAAACUCGGCCCUUUAGCAAACAUAAUUCAUUUUUUGAUGUGUUAGUUCCAAUGCUGGACAAAUUUGAUGACAAUAAAAUGUUAGAUUUUCAACUAAGAGUUUUUGAGGUGGUAAAAGAACUUAAAAACAAUCCAACAACAACUACAAAAAAACCAGUGGCGAUAGAUGUACGGUUUGGAUAAUUAAGAAUCUUCGUGUUCAUAUUCAUAGAUCGUGAAAUAUAUGGUAUUUUGAUGGAAAAAACUUCACUACUUCACUUGAAAAUCUUAGUUAUUUUCCAUUUUUCUUUUUAUUGUGAAAAAUUCUUCAUGAAUUUAUUAAAUAAAUAAUUAAUAAAUUGGAAAAAGUAA